UGGAGCCAUGAUCCGGCAGCUCUGGGCCUCCUCUCUUUUCCCGCUGUUCCUGGUGGGCUUCGCUCAGCUAACCCCGGAGUCACAGAAGAUGAAGAUGGAUUGUUAUAAGGGGGUGACAGGCACCAUCUAUGAGUAUGGAGCCCUCACUCUCAAUGGCGAGGAGUAUAUCCAGUUCAAGCAGUAUGCGGGCAAGCACGUCCUCUUUAUCAAUGUGGCCACCUAUUGAGGUUUGACAGCUCAGUAUCCUGAACUGAAUGCACUACAGGAGGAGCUGAAGCCUUUUGGUGUAGUUUUGUUGGGCUUUCCCUGCAACCAGUUUGGCAAACAAGAACCAGGAAAAAACUCAGAGAUCCUUUCUGGGCUCAAGUAUGUGCGUCCAGGUGGUGGCUUUGUCCCCAAUUUUCAGCUCUUUGAGAAAGGGGAUGUGAAUGGAGAAAAAGAACAGAAAGUCUUUACCUUCCUGAAGAACUCCUGCCCUCCAACCUCUGAUCUUUUGGGCUCACCAAAACAACUCUUCUGGGAGCCCAUGAAGGUCCACGACAUCCGCUGGAACUUUGAGAAAUUCCUGGUGGGACCUGAUGGAGUCCCUGUCAUGCGCUGGUUCCAUCGGGCCUCAGUCAGCACAGUCAAGUCAGACAUCCUGGAGUACCUGAAGCAGUUCACACCUGAGUAGGAAGGGAUUUGUCAGAAGUAGCCACCCGACCUCCCGCUUGAAGAAUACAUUUAACAAAAGAUCCUUCUUUGCUCCACAUUCCUUUCUAUCCAGCCUCCAUAUGACCAAACUAUCCUGUACUGCCCAAAAACAUGCACACGCAUGCACGCACACACAUAUGUAGUGUAUGUGUAUGUGUGUGCGUGCAUGCGUGUGUUUGAAGAUUAAAGGAAAGAAAAUCUAUCUUCCCAACUCUCUGAUCCCAAAGUAUCAAGUUUUUUCACUCUAUUCCAAAGGAAAAUCAUAUUUCAGGGCAAAUGGUUCAGACUACCCAUGGCCCUAAAAAGGCAGACCCCAGAAGUCCUAACAUCUAUCCUUUCCCAUCCUGAAGGUUUAAAGAAAGCAGGAACUGGCAACAAGACUCUCAAGAUCCCCUCAAUAGCCUCUUCUCUCCUCCAAGAUAGGCAUGCAUUGUUAAACUCUUCCUCUCCCCAGUUAGUGUUCCUUAAUUUCCCUGACACCCUGUAGUUCAAUUAUAGGAUCUCUGAAGGCAGAGUGAGAGCUGAAAACUCAUCUCACGUGAAAGGAGGGGCAUCUCCAUGAUGGUAGGUCCCAAAGCCCCUGUAGGUCGGACCUGACCAGAGCCUUCCUUGGUGCCUGUCCCUUAGUGCAUUCAGGUCAUGGCACCUGGGCAGGGAUGUCCUGCCAUUCUGAAUGAUGAGCUUUCUCCUCACCCCAAGUCUCCCCAACUUUAAACUCAUUCUUAUCACUGUCUCAAAUAAAAACAUUCUGCAGC